AAUCUUAAUAUAGACUAGUUGGAAACUUUCCUGUAUGGUGAAGUAUAAAGCCGGGCAGACCGACGUUCUCAGCCCUUCAGAAGUUACCUGUGGCCUGUGAACGUCAGUGCGUCUGCUAAUACCAUCAAGAUGAGUUCGAAGCCCGCUUACAAAGUUGCUGACAUCAAUCUGGCCGAUUUUGGCCGUAAGGAGAUCAUUAUGGCCGAAAAAGAGAUGCCCGGGUUGAUGAGCCUUCGUCAGAAAUAUGGAACUCUGAAGCCUCUGAAAGGAGCCCGUAUUGCAGGGUGUCUUCACAUGACAAUUCAGACUGCUGUCCUUAUUGAAACCCUGACUGAACUUGGCGCUGAAGUGCAGUGGUCUUCAUGCAAUAUCUUCAGUACACAAGAUCAUGCUGCUGCAGCUAUUGCCAAGACAGGUGUGCCAGUUUAUGCUUGGAAGGGAGAAACUGAUGAAGAGUACAUCUGGUGUAUCGAACAGACACUGGUUUUCCCUGGUGAUAAGCCCCUAAAUAUGAUCCUUGAUGAUGGUGGCGACCUGACCAACCUUGUCCAUGAAAAAUACCCUCAGUACUUGCCUGAAAUCAAGGGUCUUUCAGAAGAGACAACCACUGGUGUUCACAAUCUGUUCAAGAUGAUGCGCGAGGGCAAAUUGAAAGUCCCUGCCUUUAAUGUCAAUGACUCAGUUACCAAGAGCAAAUUCGAUAACCUGUAUGGAUGCCGAGAAUCUCUCACUGAUGGCAUUAAGAGGGCAACAGAUAUCAUGUUGGCUGGUAAGACUUGUGUUGUAGCAGGUUAUGGUGAUGUUGGCAAAGGAUCUGCCCAGUCACUCAGGGCUUUUGGCUCCCGUGUCUUGAUUACAGAAAUUGAUCCAAUCAAUGCUCUCCAAGCAGCAUGUGAAGGCUACCAGGUAACAACAAUGGAAGAUGCCAUCAAGCAGGGAACAUCCAUCUUUGUAACCACCACUGGAUGUCGUGACAUCAUUACUGGGGAUCAUUUCAUGGCCAUGAAGGACGAUUCAAUUGUUUGCAACAUUGGUCAUUUUGAUAUCGAGAUUGAUGUUAAAUGGCUGGACGAGAACUGUGUUGAGAAAGUUAACAUUAAGCCCCAGGUUGACAGAUACCUACUCAAAUCCGGAAAUCACGUCAUUCUGCUUGCUGAAGGUCGUCUUGUGAACCUUGGAUGUGCUAUGGGUCACCCUUCUUUUGUUAUGUCUAAUUCUUUCACCAAUCAAGUUAUUGCCCAGAUCGAAUUGUGGACCAAGGCUGGUCAGUACCCAGUUGGUGUUCACUUCUUGCCAAAGAAAUUAGAUGAAGAAGUGGCUCGCCUUCACCUUGAUCACUUGGGUGUGAAAUUAACCAAACUUACUGCUAACCAGAGUGAAUAUUUAGGCUUGCCUGUUGAAGGACCUUUCAAACCAGAUCACUAUCGGUAUUAAUGAGUACAAACGAUUUAACAACACCUAGUCCUUUUUUUUAAUUUGUUUGGUAUUUUAACUUAAUUUUUCUGGAUAAUUUACUUGAGUGCUAAGUGUGAAAUCAUGUAUUUCAUCCAGUUAAGAAAUUUGUUGAAACUGCAAGAUGCGCAAGUGAAUGAGUGGUUGAAUAUGUGGAAUUAAAUUGUUUUUUAAUAUAA